UAUCGACACAACACAACACUACUUUGACGAGAACAAACAUUUAAUUAUUUUAAUCGAAUAAUAUUACCUUCUACCUAAACUCAGUAGUAACAAGUGAUUUUUCCGUAUAAUUUGUAGCAUCUGUAUCGAGUGUAAAAAGUAACACAAGUGCAAUGUGUAAUUUCUGAGUGUAAUAUUUAAUGUUUUAACAUGCAAAAGUUGCGAGGUUUUCGCGCGUCGUUUGAUUUCAUAACAGGAAAGCAUCGAGGCUACGACACCAAUGAACAGAUAUUUGCGGCAUCUAUUUCUGGUGCUUACAGAACAAAUAAUGUGGAACAGUUUGGAAAUGUAUCAUUAAGGCAAGCAGAAGCAACAAGUCAAAGGAAGUUUUCACCGUCAAUGGUACAGCUACCAAAUUCACAAUACAGUCCUCCAGUAAGACCAUCAAAGAGUACAGGUGACCUGGCGUUACAGGCCACUCCAAAAAAUAACGCCAAUCUUAGUAGAAGCACGCAAAACGAGCCGCAGACAAAUCUAACUAAAACACAAAUAAAAGAGCAGAAGAGAAUUCAACAGCGCCAGACAGCAGAACUAAAGAAGCAAGAGAGGUUAGCCAUCAAGGAGAGACAGAGACUGGAAAAAGAAAACAAGGAAAAGGAGAAGAAGGAACGAAUAAGAUUAGAGCGUGAGAAAAAGUUAGCGCAAAAUAACAAGAGCAAAAGACAAGGGCCUUCCCGGAUAGAACAGCGAGUAAGACACUCAACUAAUACCCUGGAUAGUUCCAUUAGUAGAAGCAGUGGUCCACCGCCUUAUACGCCUCCAGAAAUAUAUCCAAGUCGAAUCGACAAGUCUGGCAAUACCAGCUUUGGGGAACCCUUAAGUGAUAAUAGCAAUUGGGAUUUGAUAUCGCAGCACAGGGAGCAAAUGAAUCGACCUAUGCCUUCUGUAUCUAACACAAUGAAGACACAAGCCUUAGAAUAUAGCGUGGGUAAUUUAAGAGUAAGUGAUGACAACACUUAAACUGAAGUUAUCAACAUGUACAUUAUAAUGUUAGUAAUUAAAUUACAAGUAUUUUA